GGAAAAGUUGAAGGCUUUCCAAGUUUCAACUUUGUACAAAAAAAUAGGAUGGGUUUUUUCUCCUACGGUUUUGCCGGCGUUGGUUUCGUCUUGAUCGGCUUCUGGGAAUUCAUCAGCUCCUUAAACCCAACCCGAUACCCGAAUCCCUCUCCAUCUUCUUCACUUGCAAUCCAGAUCAAUUCUACCUCUAUUUCAAAAACUCAAGAAAACCAAUUUUCCUCCUCUUCAUCUUUCAUCCUUGUAUCGAUCUUUUCCCUUUUGAUCUUCUUGAAUUCUGUGGUUUCAAUCUUUGAUGCUUUCAGUUCAAAGGAUCGGGUCGGUUCGGUGCUCCAAUUACAAGUACUCUCUCUUGCGCUGCUUUUCUUGCUUUACUCUGCUCUGGGUCUUUUAAACAAUAAGAAAGGUUCAUGUUUUUGGCCUGAUUCUAUUAUUGAACUUGUUUUGCUUUUAGCUUUUGUUGAAGAGUUUUUGUUUUAUUACUUGCAAAGAAAGGAUACGAGUGGGAUUGAGAAUAGAUACUUUGAUCUUUUAUGUGUUCCCAUAGCAAUAUGUGUGGUUUCCACAAUGCUAGAACUGAGAUCAAACAGGUCGAUUUACUCGAAAUCGGUACGAGCCAUUGGGUUGAUUUUACAAGGGACCUGGCUUGUGCAAAUGGGGUUUUCAUUUUACACUAACUUGAUUGUUAAUGGAUGUAAUCUUCAUGAAAAAAGUAGAGGGAAUUAUACUAUUAAAUGCAAAGGUCAUCCUGAGUAUCAUAGAGCAAGGGCUAUUGCGACAUUGCAAUUUAAUUGCCAUCUUGCUUUGCUUGUGGUUCUGGUUGUUUGGAUGUUAUCGGUUAUCAGCAAAAGAAAUGGUGUUGCUGUUGGUGCCUCGGGGGAUGGUUUGCGGUACAGGCCAUUGGGGGAAGAAAUGCAGCCGAUGGAUAACAACGUGGGGAGUUUCACUUUGGAUUCCGAUGAUGAUCUCGAUAGUGGGAUUAAGGAACAGGAUGAUUGGGUAGAAGAGAAGCCAGCUACAGCGGAACUGAGUGUUAACGACCAUGGUUCACAUAUUUGAGGUAAAACAUUUAGUGGUUUCAUUACACAAGCUGGACGGAAAGCAUUAUAGUUUAUUCUUUUGUAAUGAUAUUAGUAAAUAAUGGACGAUUGACUUCUCAUAAAUCGAAUUGAUAUCUGUUUUGUGU